CCAAAGAGGCAGCAAGAGACCAGGAGGAGCUGGCCGAUAUUUCGCAACUGGGCAAAGAGAGGCAGGAUCCGGGACUGUUCAGUACGGUAAAAUCCACUCUGAACAGUUUGCUGGACCCUCCAGAAGCCAGCUUUCUUAUGGUCAUUUUUGGCGGUCACUUGCAUGCGAUUGCAGACCCACACAGUCCCAUCGUGCAGGGCAUCAAGUACGUGAUAGAGAACGCCGAUAUUGAAAACACCUCAGUCGUUGUUACAGUGUUGCAGGGUCGUGUGCCGCUGAGGAAAGUGGGCGGAGCAACCACAGCGCCCACACCGUGCCAGUAUAUGCAAAAGGGCCGCAUGGUGCAGCUUUAUCCGAGUGCAGGCUGCUCUACGACAUUCCGCUGGUGAUGAGGAAAAUUUUGGAGCUGCAGUCUGGCACAGGUGACGCAAGAUUUCCACCAAAUCGUUAAAAGUUGCACUUGCUGUUUCUUCGCAGGGCGGGGCUUUCCGGAUGAAGCCUCUUAACGCAGCAACUGAUGGAAGAUUAUUUGUUCCAAUUUGUGUCAAUAAAGCGAUUUUUUUGUCCCAAAUUGAGUGAGAUACAAAGGGGUAAAAGGCCCUUCUACAGAGUUAGAAAAUUUCAAAUUGCUACAUCUGUUAUUCUGGAAGAUACGAAUUUUUGAACGAGAGAGUGCUGUUGAAUCAAACCUUCCAUUUUGAGACCGAUAUUUACUGAGUUAGCAAAGAUCAA